GAGCGCGUGCGCUCGGAGAUUAUGCGCCAGUGAAGUCAAAGCAGAGACACACGAGGAAUUAAGCCGCUAAAAGUAGAAAAAACAUGAAAUACAAAAACACCUGCAGAAGAGGAAAGACGGACGGGACGCUUUCUUUACAUCAGGAUUGGUGCUGUGUGUCGUCUGUCAGGAUGAUGUUGAAUCUUUCUGUGUAAAUGAAAACCAUCAUUGUGUCAUCAGUCACGGCUCACAAACACUGAACAUCACACACAGCCAUGGGGACCAACAGAGCCAACAGGUACAGUAUCGUGUCUCCAGAUGAGGAGACACAGAAGAUCUCGGCCAUCGGUCUUCACAAUGGCCUCGGCUCCGGCCGGCGACAGUCUCCCGUCAGCGGCGUAAGCUCAGGUGGGGAGGGAACGAGCUCAGGAAUGGGAUCCGAGCACAACGGAAAGGUCUUCACCAGCGGCAGGAGUCACUUGCGGAGUCGCUUUGUGAAGAAAAACGGCCAGUGCAACAUCAUCUUCUCCAACAUGGAGGACAAGCCGCGGCGGUACCUUGCGGAUAUCUUCACCACAUGCGUGGACAUCCGCUGGAGGUACCUGCUGCUGAUCUUCUGCUCUGUGUCACUGGCGUCAUGGCUCGUCUUCGCAGCCGUCUUCUACAUCGCAUCUCUUGCUCACGGAGACUUCCAUGAAGACGAAGCAAAGGCCCGCAAGCCGUGUCUGCUGCAUGUGGAGGGUCUGGUGGGAGCUUUUCUCUUCUCCAUGGAGACUCAAACCACCAUUGGUUACGGCUGGCGCUGCGUCACGGAGGAAUGUCCCGUCGCCAUCCUGACGGUGGUGGUUCAGUCCAUCCUGGGCUGCGUGCUCGACGCCUUCAUGAUUGGCACCAUGAUGGCCAAGAUGGCACGGCCCAAGAAGAGGAACCAGACCUUACUGUUCUCUGAGAACGCCGUGAUAGCGCUGAGGGACAGAAAGCUGUGCUUGAUGUGGCGUGUGGGGAACCUGCGCAGAAGUCACAUCGUGGAGGCUCAUGUGCGUGCUCAGCUCAUACGGCCGCACGUCACAGCGGAGGGCGAGUUCAUCCCCCUGGAGCAGACGGAUCUGAAUGUGGGCUACGACGACGGCACCGACAGACUCUUCCUGGUGUCUCCUCUGGUGCUGGUGCACGAGAUCGACGAGGACUCCCCGCUCUGGGGAAUGAGCCGAACCGAUCUGGAGUCCGAGGACUUUGAGAUUGUGGUGAUCCUGGAGGGGAUGGUUGAGGCCACGGCCAUGACCACGCAGGCUCGGAGCUCCUACCUUUCUCGGGAGAUCUUGUGGGGUCACCGCUUCGAGCCGGUCAUCUUCGAGGAGCGCGACCGCUACCGGGUGGAUUACAGCCGCUUCCACAAAACCUACGAGGUGCCGUCCACGCCCGUCUGCAGCGCAAGAGAAUUGAGCGAGGUCACCGCCUCGUCCCGUUCUGAGACGCCUGUGAGUCCGUCGCGUUCGCCCAGCGCUUUCUGCUAUGAGAAUGAGGUGGCGCUGUGCACUGGAGAGGAGGAGGGCGUGCGGGACGAAGAGGACUUUCAGACGUCGCAGGACUCCAGUAAUGUGCUGUGCAUGUUAGACAUGGACGACCCAAUUGAGUUUGACAAUUUAAAAACAGCCAUACCUCUCGAUCCACUGACAUACAAGAGUGAGUCUGAGAUAUGACGCAAGUCUUUUGAAGUAUCCUGAAAGAGCGGUCACAGCGUGUUAAGCAACAAAAUGCAGAGAAAACUUCAAGCUGGUGGAAAGAUGAAGUGAACUUUCUCUCUGUGCUGUUUUAUUUCGUCUUAUGCUGCAGUUCCAUCAGACAGAGAUGAUUUAGAUCUAGAACAUGCCAGUGCUUCCCACCAGAGAUGAGAUCUCAUUAACAUCUUACAUAUUUCAUCUUACACAUCAAUGAGAUUAACUAGAGAGCAAAUGGAAACUUGUAUUGAAGUUUCAUGUGUGUCUCCGAUGUUUCUCCUGAGAAAACGAAAUGUGUCUUUCAUUAGAAUCAUUAUGAUGUCAACAAUGUGUCAAGGUCAAUGUGUAGAGGUUCUUGGUUAAAGUAAGCAGAACUUUCAAAUUUUGAUUAAUGUUAAGUUAAAGUUCGUACCAAAUUUUAGCAAGUGCGACUUAAAUAUUUAAUUCUUUUUUCAUAAAAUUAAGUAGACAGAACUUAAACAAAUAAGUACACCAAAAUUGCAUUUUUAAGUUUACUUAACUAAAUUCUUUCAGUUUCUUUAUUUGACAAUUUCUUAGUCGUAAUAUGUAUAAUUCACAUAACACAUGUUACAGGUCAGAUGUAGCACAUGCACCACUCUUUUAAACAAUGAUAACCACAAAACUGAAAAUAUGUCAAAGUCUUCUAAAUAUCUUAGAGAAGUGAACAGUAAACACUAACAAGUCUUUAACUAUACUAUAAACACAAAAAAUAUUUUAAAAAAAUAUUUACUCUCCUAAUGCUGUCUGACGCAAAGGCAUGGUGGGAAUUGGAAAUCCUUCCUCCAAUUGUUGAAUUAAUACGUUUAAAUUAAGUAAACAUCUAUUCAUCCAUUUUUUUUAUGAAAAUCAAUUUUAAACUUUACUCAAAAAUAUUGAAGUAGAACUUUUUUUUUACAAAUUUAAGUUUAAAUUACUUAAUCUGUUUGAUUGUUUUAAACAUUUAGGUUUAGAGUGAACUGAGCUCACAUUUGUCUUGUCUGCAAUCAAAAGUCAAUGUUAUAAUAUUAGUUAAGAUCUCAAUAUCAACUCAACCAUUUUUCAUCACAUUACAAUCUCCAUUCAUUCACAGCUCCAGACACAAUCACGCUCUCAUUUCUUCAUUUAUUUCUGCUGAGAAACAUCUGAGACACAAGUGAACUCCAUCAGAUCUCUUGAGCUGUGAAUGAGCAAUAACAUGUGAAUAGAGAGUUUGCUGUAUGAACAGAUCAUGUCUGAAUCCUCUUGUUAAGAUAAACUGAUGAUGUGAUGAUUAUGAUCUCUGAGGUCUGUAGUUCUGUUAACAUUCACACAACCGUUCAAUGCAAAUCCAGUGACACAUGUUUGAAUGUCUUGAGUCGUGUUGUGUGUUGCGACUGAAUGAAACGCUGCUGUGAUCACCGACGGUGACUAAACUGAGUCUGUGUUGUGUUGUGUUGUGUUUACAAAGGGAAUCAGACGAGAGAGAGAUAAAGAGAGUGUGUCUCUUUGGUUAGACUAGUGUGAAAAUGCUCUUUCACUCUUUUUUUUGUUUUCUCGGGAAUCUGGAGACA